GCUGCUUGCAUCACUGUGCGGCGGUGACGUGCAGCGUCUGGGAGCUGUCCCAGGAAUCAUGGUGCUGAAGCUGCAGCACCGAGCCAGCAGCCAAUGAUCACCGGAGAAUCAAUCCGGGGCUACGGAUGCCUUCAAGCCGGACCAGGACAGUCCGACGCCCGUGCUGGAUCCUUACUGGAUGGAUUCAAACCUCCCCGGAUAUGAAGAUGCGAUGACUUGUGAUUGAAAACCUCUCGGAAACGAAUCUGGGGGAGAAAAUAAACACAGAAACAGGGAAUCGCACAGAAAUCGAGCUAAGCAGCUGCUUCGUUUAGUGAACUUAAUGGCUUCAGACACUUGUUUGCAUCCAUGGGAUUUAUUGGAUUUUUCAGUUUUCAUCUUUCUGGGAAGAAAAUAAGAGACACGCCUGGAUUAUUAGUGACACGUUGAACUGCCAAAUAAACCUGAAAAGGCUGUUUUGAACCGAAAAACGCCCAGAUUCCCCCCGCAGCGACACGCCAAGAAGUGUCUUCUUAUGAAGGGGGUGCAAACAGCUCACGUCUUCCAGCACCUUUGUGUGGAGCGGCUGCUGUGAUCUUCUGGCCGGAAACAGCCCGAUGCUGCGCAGCCGGGGAAUGCUGAAGAGCCGCUGCUGCGUCCUGCUUGGCGACCUGAGGGUGCUCCUUCUCGGGCCACCGGCACCGCAGACACCGCUGCCUCAACUGACCCCCAUGAGCGGCCAAGCGUCCGAGAGCCAUGAGGCGAGCGUUACAGUGCCCGACAACAACAACACGUUGACCCGGAACCACGCGGGCGCGUCUGCCGUCGGGGCUCCGGGCGCGGAGCGACCGGUGUCGGGCUGGGUGGAUGCUGCAGAGCUGUCGGCGGCUCUGCGCGGCUGCAGCAGCUCCUCUGAUGACUGCUCAAAGGGAAAACUGGAGGAGAGGUUCUCUCUCACCAGCUACACGGAAAGUGGCUUCAGGACACCCGUGUGCAGGAUCUGUUUCCAGGGACCAGAACAUGGGGAGCUUCUGAGUCCGUGUCGCUGCAGCGGCUCGGUUCGCUGCACCCACCAGCCAUGCCUCAUCAAAUGGAUCAGUGAGAGAGGGUCCUGGGCCUGUGAGCUCUGCUACUACAAAUAUCAGGUCAUCGCCAUAAGCACCAAGAACCCGUUACAGUGGCAGGCCAUUUCUCUGACUGUGAUAGAGAAGGUCCAGAUUGCAGCAGCCAUCCUGGGCUCCCUGUUCCUCAUGGCCAGCAUCUCCUGGUUAGUUUGGUCGUCUUUCAGCCCGUCGGCUCGCUGGCAGCGCCAAGAUCUGCUUUUCCAGAUCUGCUACGGCAUGUACGGCUUCAUGGACGUUGUCUGCAUUGCAUUAAUUGUCCACGAGGGACCUUCCGUGUUCCGUAUCUUCCACCGGUGGCAGGCCGUGAACCAGCAGUGGAAGGUUCUGAACUAUGACAAAUCCAUGGACAGCUAUGACCUGAAGGCCACUGUGGACAGAACUCUAUCUCAGCCCGGUCAGGGCUUCCAGACGGGGAUCGGAGUCUCCACCUCCACCUCCUCGUUGAUGGUGGUGGCCUCCACAGUUGACGACUCCACGUCUACAACCGUGGUGGCGGCAGCAGGAGGAUUUGGAUCCCAUUUGGACCCUGAAAGCAGUGCCGCAAUGCCAGACCAAUACUGUCCCUACAACAUCCUCCACAUACUCAGCCACCUGAGGCAGCCGGAGGCUCGCAGCCAACCCAGCAAUAACAAAAGAGAGCUGGUCAUGAGGGUCACAACAGUCUGAACAGUCAGAUGAGGCCUUAUCUCACAUGGAGCUGAGAGAUUUCUGAAACGGCUGACGGUUAAUAAAAAAAGGAAAAAACAAACCGGAACUAUCCUAACCGCACUGGAUUGAGACUAUAUUUUCUUUUGAAAUGCGUCUUUAUGUCCUUGCAUUGAAUAAAGUUAAAGUGGUUUGAUUUGCAGAA